AACCUCGUCGACCCCUGUGCCUCGACGCAGAGAUUUCGCCCAGUCGCAAAGCAUGGUAAUUGGGCGAAUGCCUGUGUCGAAUGCUUUGGCGUGAUUCCUGCGGUUGCGACCGGUACUCCAACGAACCUAAUUUCGAAUGUCCAGCAAUAAUUUCAGUGAUUUGCAAGUUACAGGUUAGAGCACAACUGAAUGUCCUAUAGAACAACCCACUACUUACCAUGAUGACUUUUUAUAAGACGACAAUAUUUCUCUGUGUUAUAAUUGUUCCUGCAAGAAGAAGUUGUGAACUGGAAGCAUACAUUGAUUUGAUGUCUCCUCCAGUAGGUCCUCUAAACCAUUUUUGGGACAGCACUGGUUUCAGCCCUUCUUCACCAUCAGAAGCACGCUCUUUCCUGCUGUCUUAUCCUGAAAAGUUGAAUUUAGUGCUAAUUGGGGCACUGCCAAACUCUGCCAUAAGGCAUGUUCGUAUUCACUGGAUGCUUGACCUGAUUGAUUACAGGAAUUCUGAGUAUGACUUCACUCUGCUGGAUCAGUUCAUUGGGUGGCUACAGAAGUUAGGAAUUUCUCCAGGCUUUGAGUUGAUGGGUAAUCCUGGUCAUUUGUUUAAUGACUUUGACAAUGCAACUCAGGUUCAUAUGUGGCAAGAUGUAAUAGAAAAUAUAGUUCGAAGAUAUGUUGGUCAAUAUGGAUUGGAUACUGUUUCCAAUUGGCGAUUUGAGACAUGGAAUGAGCCUGACUUGAAAAUGUAUAAUACUCUGAAUUUUACACUUUCAGGUUAUAUAAAUUAUUUCUCUGCCACUACUGCAGGAAUUUCAAGAGCAGCAGGACAAAAAAUUCGUGUUGGAGCCCCAGCCGGACUUUUCAAGGCAGAAUCUCACCAUCCUCUUUGCUGGGGAUUGCUAAAACACUGUGAAAUAAAAGAGUGUCCAUUGUCUUUCUUAUCUUUCCAUAGGAAAGGUAACAGGACAGCAAAUCUUGUGACUAAAGGAAGUGUUGAUCUAAUAAAAGAUCUGAGGCAGAAAUUUCCCAAGCUUUCAAUGAUACCAUUAGCCAAUGAUGAAGCUGAUCCGCUGUCUGGAUGGUGGAAAGAUGAGGAAUGGAGAAGUGAUGUGCGGUAUGCAGCAAUGAUAACUCACAUAAUUUCCAACUUUCAAAUCAAAGUGAUUGAUGAACUGAAAUUACCACUGUCAUUCAUUAGCAAUGAUAAUGGCUUUCUGAGUUCACAACCUCAUAGUUUCACUCAACGCAGUUUGUUGGCAAGAUUUCAGAUGAGUGCAACUACACCUCCUCACCAGCAAUUCUUCCAGAAACCUGUGUAUGCAGUUAUGGGACUCUUAUCCCUGCUUGGAAAGGCUGAAAUGAGAUCUAGGUUCUUAGAACCAGACAAAAAGGUUUUUUUGCUAGCAAGUACUGACUAUGAACCACAGUGGAGUGCUUCAGUUUUAAUCACCUACAGUGAUGAUAUAAAAACAGAACCACCCACCAUAAAAAAUCUUACACUGAAGAUAAAUAAUAUUCCUUAUAAUGAAGAUUCCAACACCAGUUAUGCCAUCUACAUUUUGAAUAAUUUUGAAACAAAUCCAUAUCAGAUUUGGAAAGAUGCUCAGUUUCCCUCUUUCCCUGAUUAUGAAUUAAGAAGACGGAUGAGAGAUGCUGAGGGACCAAAACGACUGCAGCUAGAAGCUGUAAGCAACAGGAAGUCGCUACAAAUUUUUCUUCCAUUGACAUUACCAACAGUCGCUCUUAUAUUUUUUUGUUCAUCAGAGAAUAACAGUCCUUCAUUUGGACAGGUUACGAAGUUAAAGGCAUUUAAUAUUACAUUCAAUGAAGUACUUCUCACAUGGAGCGAUAAAGAAAUAAACACAAGGUGCAUAAAAACUUAUGAAAUUGAAUUUAUGCAUGUGUCCAGAGAGAAUAAGGGCACCAGUGUGUUCAGAAGAAUUAAUACAAAGGAUAGCAUUUUUUUAUCCUUUCAUUUUGCUCCACUACUGCAUCUUGGCCCUCAGAACGGUGAUGAAGAAGUCCGGGGACUCUACCGAGUUCGUCUAGUAGAUUUUUGGCAACACGGUGGACCUUAUUCUGAUGUAAUUGAGUAUCCUAAAAGCAGAGCUUAGGAUGUGAUUUCAUCUUCUUUAAUUAAAUACUUAUUCAGGGUAUGUGUACAGUACUAGAAAUAAAUUAAUAGAUGUGUUUCCACAUUGUGAACAUGAUAUGAAUGUACUACAUAUACACAUUUGUAAAAUGGAAAUGUGUUUGAUGUACUUUAAAUAACAUAGAUUGUUGAUGAAUUAUUGCUGUGCACACAGCAUGUAAAUAAUUGUGUAUUGUAUAAUUAAACUGUGUAACUGUAAGAGUAUUUAUCUUAUA